AUGCCUUUAAGAAUCAGAAUCUCGUUAAUUGUAAUCAUAUCAACAAUAUGUUCUAUAGUUGCUUCAUUACCAGCCCCUCCCAUUUUUGAAAGAGUUCCUCAUUAUCCCGGAUUAUGCUAUUUACCUCCAGAAUCAGGUCUGUGUUCAACCAUCGAAUUACAACAAAAAUCACCUGUCGAGACAGGCUUAGAAAACAAUAUAAACGAGCAAUUUAAUAAAUUCUCUGAAGAAGAAAAAUCGAAAAAAUGGGAAACUUCUGUAGAAAAUGAAGAAAAUAUUUUGGAUGAAACCAAAUUAAUUACAAAAUUUUAUUUUGAUAGUGUUACUGCACAAUGUUAUGCUUUUAGUACCCAAGAAUGUGGAGGUAAUCAAAAUCGGUUUGGUUCGGUAGAGGAAUGUUUGGAUGUCUGUAAAUUGGAAUUUUAAAUUUUUUUAAAGGAUUUUUCUCGAACAUCGCCAUAAUAUAUUUCUUUGGGAUUGAAUUUAAAAUUAACUCCGUGUGGUGAGGUGUAGCCUAAAUAUGGGGAUAUCGUUUAGACUUGUCUCUACUUAUUUGGCUAACCAAAAAUGGCUAACCAAAUUUUAAAAAUCUCUUGUAAUGAAAGCUUCUAAUCCUAGGGGUAUGUUAUAAUGAUGUUUGACUGUAUAUUUAUUUUUUUUAAUGUUUCUAAACACCUUAAUUAGUCCCUUUAACAAUAACCGUAA